AUGGGCCCUGCCGCAUGUUCUAAAGCGGAGGACUUGUCGCGGAAGAUAGCCCACUCUGGUUCUCAGCAACAACAACAAUAUCGAAGUGGAAUGCGAUCCCGUGAUGGCCGUGUUAAUGGACGUUUUCCUCCGCCAAGAGAGACACGUCAUCGGAUGCGUGUUACUAAUUUGUCGACUCGAUUUUCUUGGCAGGUUUGAAAAAAAUUUUAUUUUAAAUUUAUUUUUAUGAGCUAGACUGGUCCAGUUUACCGUGAGUUCCUCCCGCAUUAUCAUAGCUAACCCCAGAAAAGGACAAGGUUCGUACCGGGUCAUCCAACGCGGCUUGUAUGUCUCGGAUGCCUACUAGAAUUGUCCAUGUUGACUUUCACGAGUAAAACCGUUCUUAAUUUUAAGCCUCUUACCCGGUAGACUGGGCUGUAGUAGAGUAGAGUAUCCGUUAAAAUAUUUUUUUGGUUAUUUUGUUUAAAUAAGGUGAAAUUAGAAUGGCGGCUCUUGAAUCCGCAAUCACUCUCUUUGGCCUUGGCACAAAAAAUAUGGCUGGCGGAGUUCACCGCCUUGCCAUUCCUUCACUCAAAUCUUUCUCAUGAGAGG